AUGGCGACUUCGCCAAAUAAGAUGAGAAUGACUGAAUCCAUGGAAAAUAAUAAUGUCAUCAUAUCCCAGCGUGAGGAGAGUGACAUAAGUUUAACUUUGGCAGAAAAGAAUCGUACAGGAACAUCUGGGAAAUUAGAUGAUACAUCUGCGCGGGGAAAUAAACAAUCCAAGCCUGUUGUUAAUAAUGAACAAAAAGGAAUUGAAGUGGAACAUCAAGGAGAAAACAUUGAAAACGAAAAAUGUCAUAAUGAAAGUGAUAAAAAGCAAGGGGCAAGUGGAAGUACAAACGUCUGUGAAGAAGGAAAACAGAAAUUUUGGGACGAACUGAGAAAGCAAGUUGAAUGUGGUGAAAACAAAGAAGAUCGUUGGAAGAAGACAAUUCUUUGGCGUGCUUUUCAGUUUAGUCCAGUAGAUCAAAAAAUUGUUAAAUAUUUAGUUGACCAUGGAGCAGACAUUUAUUCCCAGAACGAAGAAGGUGAAACAGUUCUUUGCAACGCGACAAGAAAUGGUUUACUUGAUCUUGUUAAGUAUUUUGUGCAAUAUGGCCCUGAACAUAAUUUUCAAGAUGAUUGCAGAGCUCUCCAGAGUGCAAUACAGUCUCGAUCAUUAGAAAUUGUGAAAUAUUUCGUUCAAAAGGGCGCCAAUGUAAAUGGAAAGGAUUCUGAUGGGAGACCGUGCUGCAUUUUGCACGAAGGUAAACUAGAAAUGAUAAAAUAUCUUGUUGAGAAGGGAGCUGAUGUAAAAGGUAAGCAAGAUAUAGUGAAAUACCUUGUUGAAAACGGAGCUGAUGUAAAUAGCACGGAUAUUGACGGAGGUAAGCCAGAUAUAGUGAAAUACCUUGUUGAAAACGGGGCUGAUGUAAAUAGCACGGAUUUUGACGAGAGGUCAGUUCUACACAGCGCUGUUACUGAAAGUAAGCUAGAUGUGGUAAAAUACCUUGUUGAACAUGGGGCUGAUGUAAAUGGUAAAGAUACUAAUGGGGACACAGUGCUGCAUUUUGCAGUUAGUGAAGGGGCUGAUGUAAAUGGCAAGGAUCCUGAUAAAUGGAGAGUGCUUCACAGUGCUGUUACUGAAGGUACGCUAGAAAUUGUAAGUUUCCUUGUUGAAAAUGGCGCUGAUGUAAAUGGCAAGGAUAGUAACGGAUGGACAGUGUUGCACAGUGCUGUUGCUAAAGGAGCACACGAAACGGUAAAAUAUCUCAUUGGAAAAGGUGCUGAUGUAAAUUGCAAGUAUAUUGACGGAUGGUCUGUCCUGCACUACGCUGUUUCUAAAGGUACGCUAGAAAUGGUGAAAUAUCUUGUUGAAAAGGGCGCUGAUGUAAAUGGUAAGAAUACUUACGGUAGGACAGUGUUGCACUACGCUGUUACUGAAAGUACGAUAGAUAUAGUAAAAUACCUGGUUGAGAAUGGCGCUGAUGUAAUUGGUAAGACGACGAACGGACGAACAGUGCUGCACAGCGCCGUUACGAAAGGUACGCUAAAGGUGGUAAAAUAUCUCGUUGAAAAUGGCGCUGAUAUAAAUGGUAAGAAUUCUGACAAAUGGACAGUCCUGCACAGUGCAGUUAAUAAAGGUACACUAGAUAUGGUAAAAUACCUCGUUCAGAAUGGCGCUGAUGUAAAUGGAAAGAAUACUGACGGGUGGACAGUCCUCCACACUGCUGUUACUAAAGGUAGCCUGGAUAUCACAAAGCACCUCGUGAAAAAUGGCGCUGAUGUAAAUAGUAAAUACACUGACGGUUGGACCGCCCUACACGCUGCUGUAGAUACUGGUGCAUUAGAAAUUAUUAAGUAUUUAGUUGAACAGGGUGCUGACAUAACUCCUAAAGGUAACAUCAGCGCUCAUACUCUUGGCACUGACAUCAUUAGGAUGGCUGUUGCAAACAAUUCAGUUGCUUUGGUGGAUCUCAUCAGGCAAAAGAACAGGGUUGUUCCGAGAGCUGGAAAAUUUCUUGUCGAACGAAGCCAAAUGAAGCCAAUUCUUAUCGAAGAAUCUCAAAAUAGUCUCAAAAAGUCUUUAAAACAUGGUGAGAAGAUUGAGAUGUUGAAAAGAAUGAACUGCAACAUGUUAGAAAAGACUCAAAUACCGAUGCAGGCUUUUGUCGCAAAGAAUCAAUUCAAAAUUGGCGAUGGUGGUUCUUCUUGUGUCUAUGUUGGUUUCAUGCAUGAUGGAAGUGAAGUUGCUGUUAAGAGAAUUUUGGUGCAAAGUGCGGACAAAACAGUUGAAAACGAAAAAGAAAUCAUGAGUCUCAUUGAGACGGAAAACUGUCCAUUUAUAGUGAGCUAUCGUCAUUUUCACCGUGAUCAUGACGAUGUGUUCAUGUAUCUUAUUGUUGAUCUUUGCGAAGAAAAUUUGAGGGAACUUGUUCAUGCAUCCAGUAUUGAACAUCUACAAGAGCAUGGUCCACGAAUGAUUAAGGAAAUUCUGUCAGGACUUGAAUUUCUUCAUGAUAAAGGAAUAUUGCACAGAGAUUUAAAACCAUCAAACGUCCUGGUUGAUAUCGAUGGUCGCAUGAAAUUGGCAGACUUUGGAAUAAGCCGUGUCCUAAAAGACAAUCAAACGACAGUUCAAACAUUUGCCAAAGGUACUCCUGGAUGGAUGCCAUCGGAAGUAACUCAAGCCAUUGAGAAAAAUGAGAAAUGUCGUUUCAAAAGGAAAUCAGAUGUCCAGGUCGCGGGUAUGAUUGCUUUCUUCGUCUUAACUAAAGGUGAACACCCUUUUGGUUCUUCCUUUGAUCGAAUGAGAAAUAUUUCGGAAGGGAACUCUGUCAGUUUGAAGAAACUUGAUGAUCUCGAAGCUCAAAAGUUUGUGUCCUGGCUGAUCAAUCAUAAAAUUGAUAGGAGACCUUAUGCUCACGAAGCGUUGAGGCAUUCUUUUGUUAAUGGAGAUUAA